CAAAAGUCUUAACACCAAAUUUAGACCGACUAAAAAAUUCAUUAACGUAAAAAAGUUCUUGUUUCUUUCUUUCUUUUCUUCUUCUUCACGCUCCUCUCUUUGUCAUUUUCUUUUUCUUUCUUUUUGGUUUAAGUUUUUUCUCUUUGUUCUUCGUCAUGUCUCAUGAAAUCAAAGAUCUUAACAACUAUCACUACACUUCAUCGUAUAAUCAUUACAAUAUCAACAACCAAAAUAUGAUUAAUCUCCCUUACGUUUCUGGUCCAUCUGCUUAUAAUGCAAACAUGAUCUCAUCAUCACAAGUAGGUUUUGAUCUACCCUCGAAGAACUUGAGUCCUCAAGGAGCCUUCGAGUUGGGUUUCGAGCUUUCUCCAUCUUCUUCUGACUUUUUUAAUCCUUCCCUCGAUCAAGAGAACGGUUUGUAUAAUGCUUAUAAUUAUAAUAGUAGUCAAAAGAGUCAUGAAGUUGUCGGUGAUGGUUGUGCAACCAUUAAGAGUGAAGUUAGGGUUUCAGCAUCUCCUUCUUCAAGUGAGGCCGAUCAUCAUCCAGGAGAAGAUUCCGGCAAGAUCCGGAAGAAAAGAGAAGUUCGCGAUGGAGGAGAAGAUGAUCAACGCUCUCAGAAAGUAGUUAAAACAAAGAAGAAAGAGGAGAAGAAAAAAGAGCCACGAGUCUCGUUCAUGACUAAGACCGAAGUUGAUCAUCUCGAAGACGGCUAUCGUUGGAGAAAGUAUGGCCAAAAAGCAGUCAAAAACAGUCCUUAUCCGAGGAGUUACUAUAGAUGCACGACUCAGAAGUGCAACGUGAAGAAGAGAGUGGAGAGAUCUUACCAAGACCCAACGGUCGUCAUCACAACCUACGAGAGUCAACACAACCAUCCGAUCCCGACCAAUCGUCGGACAGCAAUGUUCUCUGGAACCACCGCAUCUGAUUAUAACCCAUCAUCGUCUCCAAUAUUCUCCGAUCUCAUCAUCAAUACUCCAAGAAGCUUCUCAAAUGAUGAUCUCUUCCGUGUGCCAUACGCUAGUGUGAACGUGAACCCUAGUUAUCAUCAACAGCAACAUGGAUUUCAUCAACAGGAGAGUGAGUUCGAGCUCUUGAAGGAGAUGUUUCCUUCGGUUUUCUUCAAACAAGAGCCUUGAUGAUAUAAUAUAAUAUAGAAACAAUUUUUUUUCUGCUAAGAAAUAUAGAACAAAACUUGGAUGCAUAAUAAGUGAUGAUAGUGUUAUUUAUUUUUUGCAUGUAUAUAUUAUACAUGUUUUGUUAACUAGCUAUAGGAUAUACUGUAGUAAUUAAGCAUAAAUAUGGAGUCCCUUCGACUUAUUACAAUAAUUUUUGUUAUGGAGUAAUUUUGUUACAUGCAUGCAUAUUGUAUAUGGAA